AUGGCCUGUCCCCCACGAGAAACGUUCCAAAUCGGUUGGAUAUGUGCCCUGCCGAUCGAAGCCGCCGCAGCGAGGGAAAUGCUGGAUGAGAGCUUUGGCAUUCUCGAUGUACAGGAUCCAGCCGACACAAAUACCUAUACACUAGGUCGAAUCGGCAAACACCAUGUCGUGAUCGCCUGUCUCCCUGGAGGCCAAUAUGGCACGACAUCAGCCACCACGGUCGCAAACAAUAUGGUUCGCACAUUUUCAAAAUCGCUCCGGAUCGGGUUGAUGGUUGGUGUCGCAGGCGGAAUUCCGUCGGCCGCUCAUGAUAUACGACUUGGCGAUAUCGUGAUCAGCUAUCCAGCGGGCACUUGCGGCGGUGUAGUUCAGUAUGAUAUGGGAAAAGUCGGUUUGAAUGGCGAGUUUCAUCGAACUGGCUCUUUGAAUAGCCCUCCUAGAUCGCUGUUAGCAGCGGUCGGGAUGAUGAGGGCUGCCGAGCUGACAGAUGAUCCUCUCUAUCCCGAAUAUAUCCUAAGAGCGAUCGGAAAGAACGAUCGAACUCGGAAAAAUUUCGGUCAACCUGGCACACGACAGGACCGACUUUUCAAGUGCGACUAUGAUCAUCCUAUGACUGCGAGUAGCUGUGAUAGUUGUCUAGCAGAAUGGGAAGAGACGAGGAGCGAACGCGAGAGCAAUGAUCCCCAACCACACUAUGGCAUCAUUGCUUCUGGAAAUGCGGUUAUUAAGGAUGCAUGGACACGGGACCGGUUGAGGCUUGAAACUGACGCAUUGUGCUUCGAAAUGGAGGCGGCUGGCUUGAUGAUGGACUUUCCUUGUAUUGUCAUUCGCGGGGUUUGUGAUUACGCCGAUUCACAUAAGAACAAACAAUGGCAAGGAUACGCAGCUUUGGCAGCAGCAUCGUAUGCUAAAGAGUUGCUGGGAUAUAUACCAGUGGGCCAUGUGUCGCAAGAGAACUUAGUGGUGGAUAUAUGUAAUAAAUUGAAGGAAGAAAUCGAAGGCACAAAUGAACGUCUAGAGCAAGCAUACAACCAACAAGAACGACACCAUCGCGAAAAGGUCAUGAGAGCUUUGACAGAUCAGCAACGCCGUUGUCAUCAAGCUUUAAAGACAUCAAAGUAUGAGGAACAAAAGAACAUCAAUCCGCGAAAGGUGGAAGGAACCUGUCAGUGGGCUUUGAAAAGUCUUGAAUACAUUUGCUGGUGGGAGAGCAACUAUAACGACAUUCUAUGGGUGUCAGCCGACCCAGGCUGCGGGAAGUCUGUACUAGCCAGAUCGAUCAUCGACGAACACGUGGAGGCUGCAAGUCCAGGAGUGACCAUAUGUUUCUUUUUCUUCAAAGACAACGAGGACCAGAAUCAUCUUGAUACAGCACUAUGUUCGGUACUACAUCAACUCUUCAGCCAGCGGCCUCAUCUCUUACCUCAUGCUAUACCGUCCUGGGAGAAAAACGGAGAGGCACUGCGAAGCGAGGUUGAUGAGCUUUGGCGGAUCCUCACUGCUGCCGCAUUAGCUGACGUAUCACAUAAGAUAAUUUGCAUAUUCGAUGCGCUUGACGAAUGCCAUGAAAAGGAUCAGGGGCGAUUGAUUGAAAAGCUACAGUUCUUUUAUCAGCAAACAUCUUUAUUAACGAAGGAUACCUGUUUGAAAUUCCUCGUUACCAGUCGUCCCUACGAUCAUAUACAGGAUAAAUUCCGAGCAAUCACUGAUUCCUUCCCACAUAUACACAUCAAAGGAGAGGAGGAAAAUGACCGAAUCCAUAGGGAGAUUGACCUAGUGGUGAAGAUUCGAGUGAGAGAACUAGCAGAAACAGUGCCACUGUCACCGGAUGUCCAUCAGAGAGUUGAGCAGCAGCUGCUUCAAAUGGAACACCGUACUUAUCUCUGGCUACAUCUAGCGAUUGAUGAAAUCCGCACGGCCUUUAAGCGCAGCCUUCGGCCUGCAGAACAUUCGAUCGCACUUAUAUCGCCUUCUGUGAAUGCAGCUUACGAAAAGAUUCUCUGUCGAGUCCCAGCAGAUGAAAUAGAUACAGUCAAAAAGAUCCUAGAGAUCAUCGUGGCUGCACGACGUCCUCUGACAAUACGGGAGAUGGCUAUAGCGCUAGGCAUUGCCACUUACUCCGAGGCCCGAACAAUAAUUGAGGCUAGGCUAGACCCAACUCAUUUACAGAGACAACUUCGACAAUUAUGCGGGUUGUUCGUGUUUACCAACAACUCAAAAAUCUACCUUAUCCAUCAGACUGCCAGAGAGUUUCUGAUCCAAAAGAAAUUUGCAGAAAAUCUCCACCUUCCAUAUUGGAGCAGCCUGAGUGAUGCAGAAGAUCAUAUGACUGAGAUCUGUCUGCGAUACCUUCUGAUGGAGGACUUGGAAGACUUGGAAGACUUGGAAGACUACGAAGACUACAAAGACAAACCGAGCUUUAACAUUGGAGAUCUUUUGGAAUACUCAGCAGUACAUUGGGCCGAUCACGUACGGAAAACGACUUUGAUAUUCGACCAGGAAGUGCCGAAUCGACUACAUCCAGUGUACGAUGUACACAGAAGACGGUUUUCAAUCUGGUUUCCUAUCUUUUGGGAGGCAGUAAUGCCAAAUACAGAUGCGCCAUCAAUCAAUGCACUCAGUCUGGCAGCAUUUAACGGCCACGAGCAGGAAGUUCAUCUUCUGCUUGCUAUUAAGAAGCACGAUAUAAAUACGGCAGACGAUGCAGGGGCAAACCCAUUGAUAUGGGCCUCACGGAACGGGUACGACGAAACCGUGCAGUUGCUGCUAGACCGAGGAGCCAAUGUCAACGCACAGGGUGAGGAUUAUGGAAAUGCGCUCCAGGUAGCUUCUUCGAAAGGACACGACAAAAUCGUGCAGAUGCUAUUAGAGCGAGGAGCCAAUCUCAAUUCCCUGGAUCAAUAUUACGAAAAUGCACUCUAUGGAGCUUCUUAUGGAGGACACGAAACAAUUGUGCAGGUACUAUUAGAGCGAGGAGCCAAUGUCAACGCCCAGAGUGGAUUCUACGGAAAUGCGCUCCAGGCAGCUUCUUUUGAAGGACACGACACAAUCGUGCAGAUGCUGUUAGAGCGAGGAGCCAAUGUCAACGCCCAGAGUGGAUUCUACGGAAAUGCGCUCCAGGCAGCUUCUUGUGGAGGACGCGACAAAAUCAUGCAGAUGCUGUUAGAGCGAGGAGCCAAUGUCAACGCCCAAAGUGGAGAAUACGGAAAUGCGCUCCAGGCAGCUUCUUGUGGAGGACGCGACAAAAUCGUGCAGAUGCUGUUAGAGCGAGGAGCCAAUGUCAACGCCCAGAGUGAACAAUACGGAAAUGCGCUUUAUGCAGCUUCCUCUGGAGGAUACGACCAAAUCGUGCAGAUGCUGUUAGAGCGAGGAGCCAAUGUCAACGCCCAGAGUGGAUUCUACGGAAAUGCGCUCCAGGCAGCUUCUUAUGGAGGACACGACACAAUCGUGCAAGUACUAUUAGAGCGAGGAGCCAAUGUCAACGCCCAGAGUGGAGACUACGGAAAUGCGCUCCAGGCAGCUUCUUUUAAAGGACACAACACAAUCGUGCAAGUACUAUUAGAGCGAGGAGCCAAUGUCAACGCCCAGAGUGGAGACUACGGAAAUGCGCUCCAGGCAGCUUCUUGUGGAGGACGCGACAAAACCGUGCAGAUGCUAUUAGAGCGAGGAGCCAAUGUCAACGCCCAGAGUGAACAAUACGGAAAUGCGCUUUAUGCAGCUUCCUCUGGAGGAUACGACCAAAUCGUGCAGGUACUGUUAGAGCGAGGAGCCGAUGUCAACGCCCAGGGUGUAAAUGCGCUCUAUGAAGCUUCUUCUUAUGGAUACGACAGAAUCGUGCAGAUGCUGUUAAAGCGAGGAGCCGAUGUCAACGCUCCAAGCACCUCCUUCACGCAGUUAAAAUUAUUUAGGAAUACUAAUUAA